UUUAAUCGCAAGCCAAGUAAUCCAUUUCAGAAGAAAAAAAAUGAUAAAAUUACUUUAAUUUAAUGUUUUACAUAACUAAUUGUUAUUACGGGCCGACGCGACGCGCCUCUCUGCGCACCGCAGUGCACCCCGAGACACUGACACAGCAAUUCGUGCUGGGAUAGGGCCUUAAUACGGCAGAAGAAAAAAAUAGACGUCGAAUUGGUAACCUCUUAAUACAGUGUUUUUUUUUCGCGGAGAGAACUGACCUCAAUACGUUGGCCUGAGUGUAUCGUUUCUGAAGCAUACUUUUAAUAAUUAUUUUAUUUUCGGAAAUCACACAGCUUUUUAUUUAUAACAUGAAUGUAAUAAGCAAACAAGUCAGCUUUAUUGGUUGUUAUAUAACUUUUAUAAGGUUGCUACACGAGAUGAAAACCAGGUCUGCACGGAGAUUGUGCGCGAUCGAGGCACAUAGCACUUACUACGAAACUGGAAUAAAAUAAAUAGCUAACAUUUUGUGUAUUAUUAAUCACUUCCCGAGACUUCUUUUCAGAGUAAUUUUAUGUCUGACCUUCGCGAGAGACGAGACGAGAGAGAUUUACAGACUUCGUAUAAACAGUUAGAAAGGCGCCGAUCCGCUAACGUCCAGAUUUAACAGUCGUAGGUACAAUAAUAUGACAUUAGUAUUUAAUGGAAAAUAUUAGUAUGCUCUGGCACGUACAGAUUUGCACAGAUGAGUAAAUAAACUCCGGUCCAUUCUUAAUUAUUACUCUAUAAAUGAAUUUACAGCAUUCAUUAAUACCGUGGCCGAUUGGAAACAAUUAGGUAGGUAUUGUUUAAUUAUAUGUUCAGUCAUUCUCUCUAAUUGAGGUAAAACAAAAAACAGUACUAAAAAUAAGUGAAUAGAACAGAUAGCAGAGCGUCAGAACUCUGAGUUCUGACGCUCUGCUAUCUACAUAAUGUUUCCUUUGAGAGAAAUCCCGAAUUUCUACUAAAACUAACAGCUUUUUUCUACAACAAAACAUUUUGAUUAGGUGCCUGACUAUAUUAUUUCAAAUAUAAUUUUAUUAUAUAUGUAUUGUGUCUAUGUAAAAUUAACAUUUUGGCCAAAAUGGUCCUAAAAUAAAGGCUAUUACGAAAACGUUACGAACAUUUGACUCUACCAAAACCGAAAAUAGACAGAUGUAAGUACGUGCUCUUGUUUCGCCACGCCUAUUGCUCUUUAUUUAUUUAUUAUAAUUAAUUGCUUUGAGAUGUGAUGAGGAGCAUGAUGUAUUGGUUGCAGUAGUGUGACCUAAUAAGUUUUGGGAUUCAGAUUGACAGAGAGGAUAAUCCCAGCUACUUUGAAAGUUGUUUGCAUUUGCAGAACAGACUGCUGGAUUUGUGAGCAGAUGAGAGAAACGCUAAAAGUGCCAAAUCACGUAACAGAACUGAAUGAUUCCAUAGAGUGCGAAUAACAGCGAAGUACAUAAGUUAAAUUGGGAAUAAAAAGACAUAAUUUUAAAAUCAACUGGAGCGAAGACGAUAGACCUCUGUUGUAAUGGUUAUCGAGCUUCUGCGUCAAACUGCUGAGCACCGGAUGAGAGUGGAUGAGGCGCGCGUGUCGGAUAACGGCCGACAUCGGAUAAAUGCAGUGUCAUGGGUCACCGGUCGUCGGUCACCGGCCUGUCACUGCUCUAUGGGCCAGUCGGCCGAACACAGCAAGAUCCGAUACGGCAGGUGUUAUCGGGCGAUAAGCGGCGAGCGCAGGCGCAGUAAGCGCGAUGGGAGAGCAAGACACGGACGGAGUGGAAGCGUUACUGGCGGCGCUGGGCCCCUUCGGCUGGUGGCAGCGUGGUGCUGUGCUGCUGCUGCUACUGCCCAACUUGUUGGCGCCGAUGUACUCCCUCAAUUACGUGUUCGUCGCUGACCGCGUGCCUUUCAGGUGCCUGGUGCCAGAAUGCGAGGAGGCGCACAGCGCGCAGUUUGCCAACACCACCGCGGCUCGGCUCGUGCAGACCGACGCCUGCCGCCGCCCCGCACCUCGCCGCCCCGGCGCCCAAACCUGCGACCCCACCGACUUCGAUGCUGACGACAGCCUGCCUUGUGAACAGUUCCUCUAUCAAAAUCGAGAUACAGUAUUCGCCGAGUUCGACCUGGCGUGCCGCGAGUGGCGGCGAACCUUGAUAGGCACAGUGCGCAACGCGGCGCUGCCGCUCGCUCUGCUGCUCACGGGCUACGUCUCAGACGGGUGGGGUCGUCGCACGGCGUUCUGCGUGUUCGGGGCGUUCGCAGGAGUGCUCGGACUCGUGAAGUCUCUGGCGCCAAACUACAAUACGUACAUAGCGCUCGAGUUCUUCGAGGCGGCACUCGGCUACGGGUUCAACAGCGCCGCGUACGUGAUAAGUAUGUUACUACUUAUAGGGCGGCCUCGAUACAGGACAGAGAUUAACGCUAGGGCGGUUGCAGUGGUGGAGCUCGCCAGACCGUCCCUUCGGGCUGUGUUCGCAUGCGCAACAGGCGUGGCAUACGGGCUAGGUGGUAUUCUGUUCGCGGAGACGGCAAGGCGCAUCCCACAAUGGCGUAGUUUGCUGCGCGUCGUGCACUCUCCCGCACUGGUGCUGCCCGCCUACUGGCUUUUAUUGGACGAAAGCGUACGCUGGCUGCAUGCGGCCGGUCGUGUCGAUGAAGCGGCCGCCGUCGUCAGGAAAGCUGCUCGAUGGAAUAAGGUUGCUAUAGAUGAAAGUUUUAUUAACGAGUCGUUGACGUCGUCGGGGAACACGGGCCGGACGAGCGUGUGGAUCGCAAUAGGACAGGUGGCGCGAUCUCGUGCGUUGGUUCUUCGUCUCAUGGCGUGUUGCAGUUGCUGGUUAAUGGCCGCCUUCGUCUACUACGGCCUCACCAUAAAUUCUAUCGCACUCGCCGGAAACAAAUACACUAAUUUUGCGCUGAACAUGGCCAUGGAAAUCGCCGCAUCACUACUCAUCAUGAUGGCCCUGGAACGCAUCGGGCGAAAGAUAACGAUUUCCGUCGCUUUUUCGCUGUGCGGCUUCGCUGCUGUCGUCCCGUUCUUUGUUGGUCCGGGGAUGACCCAAAGAGUGAUGUACUUCGUGGGCAAGCUGGCGAUCACGUUCGCGUUCAACUCGCUUUACGUGUUCACGGCGGAGCUAUUCCCGACGGACGCUCGCUCGUCUUCUUUGGCGGCCGCGUCGCUCGUGGGUCGAAUCGGCUCAGUGCUAGCGCCGCAGACACCACUGCUCAGUGCGAACGCUCAGGCCGCGGCAUACGGCGGGGCGGCGGCUGUCGGAGCACUUGCAGCGGCCCUGAUGCCGGAGACGCGACGCACUCCUCUGCCGCAGCGCGCUCGCGACGCCGAGGAACUGCGGCGCUACCCUGCCCCGCCCAUCCCGACGCGCCCCCCUCUGCGCAGCGUCGCACCCCACGCACCUCCCGGCCCUGCGCUUACCAGGAUAAUCUCCCCGAGUGUUUGAUGUGUCAAUCCACCUAACGGAGACCUGCUUGCCGCAGCUCGUAUCUAUUAACACAUACUUCAACGUCACAAAGACAAGUUAAAACACAUUAAUUAUUGAAAUACACAAAUAAAGUUUCGGCUGCAGCGAUCAGAUCGGUGCCGGAGUCCGGUGUCAGCGUGUAAUCGGGUUUGCAUCCAUUCUUUAUAGUGCAGUCUAUUUAAAUAUCUGAGUUAAGAUUUGUUGCCUGACCUUUAUAUUAAAUAAAUAAAUAAUGUUUAUUUAAUAAUUACUUAUACUAUACUUCGGGCAUCCGUAAAUCUACCGUGAGAUUUUUUUUUCUUUUUUUCUGCUCCGCGGCAAUCUGUUGAACACAACAAUAAGCCACUACUUUGUCCGAUACGAGUGUAUCCGCUUAGGCUUUUUAGCGUGGUGUCUCACCACGCUAAAAAGCCAGUAGGUGUCUCAUUCCAUCCUGAGGAAUCUAUUUUUUAGGGUAGGGACACUAUGUCUCUUCAAUCUUUUGUGUUGAAGGCUUUGAUCUCCACUGAGUUUGAGGGCAAUAUCAUUUUUGUGGUUUGAGAGUCUUUUUUGGUAAUUGAUGCUAUAUCUUUCUAUCUCCUGUUAGACAGUUGGUAUACCUAUUUAAAUCAAGGUAUAUGUUCUUAUUACUGAUGUAUUGAGGGAUGUUAAAUAUGGUCCUCAGUGUUGUGGUUUGGAAUCUUUCCAGUAUCUCAAUGUUACUAUUACUAGCAGUACCCCAAAGCUGUAUGCCAUAGGUCCAUAUUGGUUUCAAGAUGGCCUUAUAUACAGUCAACUUGCUGUGUGUGCUCAUUUGUGAGUGUCGUCCUAUUAACCAGUGCAUACUGCGAAGUUUUAAGUCCAGUUGCUUCCGCUUUGUCCAUAUGUGUUUUUUCCACGUUAGUCUUCGAUCCAAGUGAAUGCCCAAGUAAUUUGCAUGGUACCGUGAGAUUGACAGAAUACAAAACGAGUGAGCGUCUCCGCUCCACAUCUCUGUCGACCCAAAAGAAUUUUAAAUUUAAAAGUUUUCUCAAUCUAGUAUUUGACACAACUGUAUAAUUGAUAUUACUAAUUAAUACUUAUGGUAGUCUACAUCCCAUCACUCAUCAGACAUCAUACCCAUCGAUGGGGCAACGAAGAACGUGUCCUUUAAAACAAAAACGGCAUUACCCACAUUACCUUUUAUUCGACAAUUAUUAUUAAAACAUAGCAGUCUUACAAUUUAUCUUACAGCUAAAUAUAGUAUGUACACAAUUCCAUGUUCCCUGUAUGUUUACAAAAAGUAUUUAUACAUCACAAUGUUAAUAUAGAAAUACCCUCAAAUCGACUCAGUCUAUGGGUC